AUGGGUAUCAAAAUGUUGCUGGUUGUUCUACUCUGCAUGACACAGGCAGCGUUGAACGCUGGUAAGAAUGCGGGUAAUACUGAUUAUACUAAUUAUUCUAUAUGUCUACCUCGAUCACCUGCUUUUAAUGCUUAUUUAGAUUCUCGAGGGUGCCUCGAAGAAAUAUUUAAGAGAGUGGGGAAAGAUUUCAUUUUUUAAGAAAUGAUAAAAAGUUUGUCAAGUAGAUGAUAUCGUGAACAUCAUGCAAACAGUACAACAGAGGUACGUGAAUCCAGCUUCAGAGACUCGUAUUAAUCAUUGAUCUUUAAGCUAAAAAAGUUAAGUAAGAAUUUCUCUUGUUGGAGGCUGUAUUUCAAGUAUAUGGCCGGCGCAAAGUAGGCCACAGUGAGGAAGGGUAAGAAUUGAAAUCGAGAAGCAUAAAUUUAGGUGACUAACCUGUAUGUGACCAAUGCCUUGGAUGUCGUGUUCCGUCGUCCCGUACCGUCCCGUGUCCAGCGCCAAGCAGGAGCAAAUGCUUUUUAGUAAAGGCGUACUAGAAACAUGUUAAAAAUAAAAAUUUUGAUUUUUGGACAGACAAAAGUGUUCGUGAAUCAGGUAAAUUGUUUCUAAUCAAGUUAUAGCCAAAACCUCAACGAAAAUACAAGAUCUGAAAGUAAGUGUAAAACCACGACCAUGUACGAGAUAACAGUCGUAGCAGCUAAUGUCAAAUCUUGAUCAUGGUUAGGUACAUUUGCCACGCCGAUGACAGCAACAUAUUUACAAUAAAUAUAAUAGUUAUGUAUCUACCUUUCUGGUAUUUGCUGAAACGAUAAAGCAAUAUGAAUUAAUGUUUUUCUUUUUCCAGCAUUUUCCUGCAACUUUGACAACGGUCGUCUCUGCCAAGGAAUUAAACAACUCAAAGAUGAUAAGUUUGACUGGACUUUAAGAAAAAUCAACACUCCUUCAGGAGGCACAGGGCCUAAUACUGACCACUCAGGCAAAGGUCAGUUGAAAAGCUGAGAUAUUUUCUAAAUACGCGAUUGAUCUUCGAUUCUGGAAGGUUUUCAUAGGCAUUUUCUAACCAAACAUAGUUACGUCUCCUUCAAUUUAAGGCACCGUUUAUAUGGAGAAAGGUUGACCCGAGUAGAAGCUACCCUUGGCUACCAGAGUUACCCUGGGCAUGUCAACUUUUCAUAUAUUUCGUUACAAAACAUGGCAAAUUGGUUACUUGAGAAAAAAAAUAGGUUUGGCUCGGCUAGAAGGCUUACCGGCCUAGCUAGCCGGGUCACUCUUUUGUGACGGUAGGGUCGCCCUCCAAACCGAAUUAACUUUUCUACAUGUAAACACUUUGGCUCGCUCAGCCGGGUCAACUCGGUCAAGGCGAGACAAUCAGAGCAUGCGCGAGUGCUGUUUGCUCGGACAAAGCUGCCAACUUUGUCCUCAUAUAACUGCUUGCUGAAAGUUGACUCGGCUUGGAGAAAGGCCCUUCUUCCAGGGAGUGGUUUUCUUCUUAUAAACGGAACCUUGGGCUCUUUUGCAUUCAUUUAUAGGUUACUACAUUUACAUUGAAACAUCAAGUCCUCGGCAGCCAGAUGAUAAUGCAAGACUGGAGAUCAAGCCUUCGUUGGGAAAUGGUGCAACAUGUAUCUCAUUCUAUUACCACAUGCUGGGUAGAGACGUGAAUGAACUUAAAGUCCUUGUGAAUGGCAAGCAACAGUUUUCACAAAAAGGCUCUCAGGGAAAUAAGUGGAACAAAGCUGAUUUCAAAGUUCAAGAGAAGGCAACAUCCGUAAGAUUACGUUUGACGUUAAUCAACCGCGUAUAGUGAUAUACAGUAAUUUUUAAGGCCUCGUCGAACUCAUUUUAAUUUUUUGCUUUGCCCAUAUCAUAUAAAACAGAGAUUGUAAAAUUGAGUUUGUUUAUUUGCUGCAACCUCAGCCCCAGAAAAUGAAUUUUCUAGAAUUAGGUCGACUAAAUUUAAAAAGAUUAAAAUAACAGGACUGUUCUCACUAGGGAAAACACGCACAAAAGCCUAUAAUUUAGCAUCAAUGUACUUCCUAAAAUUCUCACCGUGGCCCAGGGGAAUACACGGCAUACCCACAGACCUUGUACCUCAGUUCUAAGAGCAGCUUGUUUGAUUAUUCAGCCAGUUCUAGUAAAGUUUAGGUCUCGGCACCCUCGAUAGCAGUUCUUGCCCCACCCUCCUCAUUGCAGCGAUGGGGCACACCCCGUAUUCUCUCCCGACUCGCAAGGCCUCGGGCCGAUUCUCCCAUAUCUUUUGCAUUUAGGCUCAUUUGGCUUUUUCGUGCGGGUGUUCCGGGUGAGAAUAUAUCACUAAUAACCAUUCAGUUAUUUGAUUUUGCAUCGAUUCUUCAUCUUCUAGGAAAGAGGACAAAAAGUAACGUUUCACACAAAAAACUUACCAAAUUCAAUUUAUUUUAAAGGGCGAACGUUUUUUUUCACGGGGAUAUCAGGACUUUUGAGCGAAUAGUUUUCAAUGACCAAAAACAACCCUGUCAUAAUUGACCACCGUAUUUUGCAAGAUGAAAUGAAUUGCUAUAAGGACUAGGUUUUCACCGAUGUUAACGCCGGAUAUGUUUCGUGAAAAAAUAGCUUACAAAAUACCUGAAUGUACUGCAGCUGAUACAAAAUCCUAUUAUUGUGCAGGUUAUUUUUGAGGGUAUUCGUGGAUCAUCAUGGCAAGGCGACAUUGCCGUCGAUGACGUCAAGAUAGAAAACUGUGGGGGAGGAGGAGGAGGCGGAUGUGGUAUGUCACUCUCCCAGUUUGCAAUGACUUGUCCCCAUUCCUUUUUGAUGCCCUUCUUAAAUAUUAGAAGACCUUUUUCCUGUCGCCUCCUUUGCUGAGAUACCGCGCUGGUCUCCCGCAACCGAUUCGCGACCGCGUGUAAAUGAUAAGAGACGACUGGGAACGAGUCAAUAGCUUAGUCUAGCGAGCAGGACCGGAACCUACCAAGCCCUCAUUGGUUCAAUCCUUUGCAACGAGUUUUAAUUGUCCUACAACAACACGUGCAGUAUUUAUCGUAAAUUUAGGGGCCUCGGAAAACAUUCCCAGGUGCCUUGACAAUAAAUUAUCAGGUGUUAGGUAAUCCAGUUCUGAACGCUUAUAUUAUUGGCGAAUGUAGUACUAAAUUUUUGAGUCGCCAAUCUCAGCAGAAUUUACUCCAUUGUUGUAGGCUUUAAACGCGUGCAGGCUUGGUAGGAGGGGAUGGGAGGGGCAGAGAACAUUGGAAAGGGAAACAUUUUUAUCAUUUCUGUGUUCCUUUUACUGAUAAAACCUUUUGCAGAGAAAAAAGGUGUUUCGGUCAGCCGAUUUCAGGGCCAUGCUCUUUGACUUAACCUGCCCAUUUUCACGAAGUAAAUAAAUCCUUAACAACAGGAUAGUAACAACCCAAUGACAACUACAACAACAGCUCUCCCUGCUUCCUCAUGGAAUUUAAUUUUUCUAGGUACUCCACCACCCCCAAAUACACCAGCUCCUCCACCAGGUCAGUAUUAUGUUAUUUUUCUUUUUUUAAAAUGAUAAAAAACCUUCAAAGGUGUGUAGCAGUAAUAAUCAAGGAAAAGCCUUUAGGAAAAAAACUGCCAUGAUCACUGGGAAUUUGAUAUAAAAGAAAAGAAAAUAGAGAAAUGUUCAAAAAAGUAAAAAAGUUCACACAUGUCAGGUUCCCAUCCUUUCAGACAAUGCUGGUAGAUUUACUGGAAAUAGUUCUGGUGUAUCGAAUUUAUUAGCCCAAGGAAAUCUAUAUACCACUUUUAUGAAUUAGACAUUCAAAGCUAAUAACCUAACAGAAAGGAGUUGCUUCCUACAGAAAACCAAAUUAUUAUUGCGUAUUAAAUAAAUAUCCAGCUAGUGGACGAGGAAAAAUCGUGCAUUGCAGGACGCUACCGACCCCAUUCUUGUUCCGUAAUCAAAGCAAUAGGGGUGGAGUGACUGGAUCCCCAAUUCUGUGUCCCAUUCCUCCUCUCAUCUCCCCCCAAAACUCUGUGCUUACCCUCUUUUUGGCAUGUGCUAGGUUCCUGUGGUAUUCGCCCAUCCACUCGAAUAGUUGGAGGCGUGGCUGCUAAACAUGGAGAUUGGCCUUGGCAAGCGAUGUUAAGAACCAGUUCUGGGUUCCCGUACUGUGGUGGCACACUCGUAUCUCCUCAGUGGGUGGUCUCUGCAGCUCACUGCGUCAGAGGAAAGCAGCCGAGCUCAGUAUUUAUCCGGUAUCUACUAUCCUCUUUUUGAUCAAUUUCAUUCUUGAAGAAGCUCUGUAUAAACACAGAUGUAGGAGCAUCAAGCUUAGCUGUAUCCUAUACAGCAGUAUGACUGAUACUUUAGCGGUCAAACUCACACUCCAGCCGCCCAUGGGGCCCAUAUCUCAAAAGUCCCGAUAAUUGACGGGCCUGGGAGAAAGCUUGUUUACAUUAAAGAUGGAGAUUUCAAUAGUUUGGAGGAUAACAUGAUAACAUUAUUAGUUAACAAAACAAAAUAGGCUGGUUUGUUAGCUAACUCCUGCUCGGCGCUUUUAUUCUUUAGGCUUUGUUUUGAAUGUUUGAUUUCGGUACCAAAAAGUUACCUGGACUUUCGAGAAACGGGCCAUGGUUCGAAUCUCGCCCUAAUCACUAGCUGGACUUCUUUCUUGGUAGUCCUUUUAUAGUGAUAUUGUUUAUUUUGCUGUAUUAGAUUGCCAAAGGAAAGCCUAGGGUUUUGUAUAGACAAAGAAAAAUACUAAAUGCAAAUAGCUCAGCUAAGGUUAGUCAGUGGCUAGUUUAGAUAACAACAAAGAAUCGUAUUGGUUAAAAAAUCACCAACUGACCCGAGUUAGUUGGCUGUUAAAUAAAUUAUCAUAAUUCACAAGCUUUACAAGAAAUUUCUUUCAAAAUUCUCACUUAAGUGUUCCACAGACACUGGACAACCUCGCAUCACAAAAUAGAAUGGGCCCUUUGCAGAAUAUGGUCACAUGAUGCAAAAAACACUUUGCUGGAUGGCAAACGACGCGGAGGCACCUUGAAAGAAAUGAUACGGGCUUUUUGAAUGAUGUCUCUUUGUUUUCCUUGCCCCUCUGCGCCGUUUGCCAUCCCCGGCAGCAAGGUGUUUUUUGCACCAUGUGACCGUAUUCUGCAAAGGGCCCAUAGCCUGCGUAGUAGUGGUUUCGGAGCAAAGAAAGACCGAGUGACGGGAUUUCCUAAAAAUCUAAAGGUUUUGGCCGCGUGAGAAAUGGAACGAGAGUCAGAAAAUGAAAACCGUACGGAAACGCUUGCCACGCAGGCUAAAGGGCCCAUAGCGUCAGAAACUCCUUAUGUAGGUGGGUGGGUAACAAAUGAUGAAAAUGAGACCUUUUUUUGCAGGCUUGGUGCUCAUAAGAGAACGUCAGACAUCGGAAACGAACAAGAUCUUAGGGUCAGCAAAAUCAUUUCCCAUCCAUCAUACCACAAACCCUUAAGUUACAGCCAUGACAUCACCCUCUUGAAACUGGAAAAACCUGCUCAGCUAAACAAGUACGGUUAUUUACCUCUCAUUUCAGUCUUACUAAAAAUGGUUUAUUAUUUUAACUUCCCACCCAGUUUUGCUGUAGUUUUUUAAGUUCUUCUUGAGUAAUUCUCCAUGAAGUCUAACUUUUGAUAAAAAGAUUUUUCUCUUUCAGAAUAUAACAUUUAAUUAGUCGCGCGCUUACUUACCUACUUACCACUGAGUUUCCAGUGGCUAAGUGGUUAGUGCAUCCGACUACUAACAGAGUGCGGAGGUCGAGGAUCAUAGGUUCGAAUCCCCUUUGGAACUCAAAAUUGUUUUUCUGUUUCUUGUGGUGGCUGUUUCUUGGUGUUGUGGAAACCAUUGUUGGUUUGCUUUUGUGUUGUAGUGUGAGUACUGUUCAGUGUAUUUCCAAUGUUUUGUAUUACGUCAUUUCAGCAUCUAUCCCCAACAGUAAGAAACUACCCUUGUGGUUGGAUCUUGAGCCCCGUGCAAACGGACGCAUCAUUGUUGGCUAACAUAACUACCAACAUUGUUGGAUGUUACAUGUUGUGUCCGUUUGCACUCCCUGUUGCAUGUCGUUGUGUGUUGUUGGGAGUUGUUGUUGUGCAAAGUUAGAAACCGGUCCAACUUUUACUAGGCUUUGUGCAAACGGACACAACAACCCCCAACAAUGUUGGGAGUUGUUAGCCAACAAUGUUGGGUCCGUUUGAAUGGGGCUUUAUCUCGGGAUUUUAAAUCACUCAUUUGAAUUUGUAUUUGCUGCUUCUCAAAAUCUUUUCCAGGUACGUGAAUCUUGCUUGUCUUCCUCAUCAAGUUAACGCACCAACAGAUGGGAAGCAUUGUUGGAUUACAGGUUGGGGUAGACUUUCAUCGGGCGGAGCCACCCCCGAACUAUUACAGCAAGUAUCUGUUCCAAUAGUAAGCCGUGCUCGCUGUGACAAAGCGUAUCCAAAUAAGAUCCACGACUCCAUGAUCUGCGCAGGUCUAGAUCAAGGAGGUAUUGAUUCCUGUCAGGGGGAUAGUGGAGGACCGAUGGUGUGA